AUGAAAAAAGCAAAUCAGGGAAAAUCACAGGAUACACACAAAAGUGUAAACCAAGAGAGAAUAGCUUACGUGAUGAGCUGCCUCAUAGGAAAUGAAGUGAGUAUUCAUAUGAAAGAUGGUAACGAAAUCAAGGGAUUUUUUCACGCAUAUAAUUGUGCUUAUAAAGGGAAUAAAAAAGAAAUCGAUAUAUCUUUAAAUUAUGCAAGGAUUCUACCAAAAAAAGAUCAAGUUAGUGGUCCAAUAAAUAAAGCAAUGAUCAUACCAGAAAACUUAUACACAAUGAUUGUUGGAAAAAAUUUAAACCUUGAUUUAAAAGAUCCAGAUGAUAUAAAAAGCGUGAAAGGAAAAUUUCAAAUUGAUGCAGAUAUCUCGGAAAAAAGAAAAAAAUAUAAUUCAAAUACUGCUAAUAGAGAAUUAAAAAGAUGGGUAUGUGACAAUUCAAAUUUUAAUGAAAAUAAAUUAAAACUAGAUCACAAUUUAAAAGAACCGUGGGACCAGUUUGAACAUAAUAGAAAAUUAUAUGGUGUUACAACUACAUAUAAAGAAGAAUUAUAUACUACCAAUUUAGAUGUUAACAAAAUACCGCACCAUGUAAAAAUGCACGCAGAUAAAAUUGCAAAAGAAUUAGAAAAUAGAGGAAUGCAUCUUGACCCAGAAGAUGCUGAAAGGGACAAUAAAGAUUUAGACGAAGAAGAUUUAUUUGGUGCAGUUAGACAAAACAAAGAUAAAUUUGUAAAGAACUUUAAAUGUAAAAAGGAAGAUGGGAAAGGUAGUCAACCACAAGGGAAAUUUCAUCAAUUUACCAUUAGAAACUUGAAGGAAAAAAUUCAAUCUGGAAACAGUGAUAUCAAGGAGAAAAAUGAAGACUCAUCGAAACUUUCAGAUAAUAAAAAUGCAGAAUUCAUUGGAAUUAACGCUCUAAAUUUGGAACCAGCGUUACCAAGAUUAGAUGAGAAAACGAGAACCGAAUGGAUUAUGUUCAAGAAUAAAGCGAAAAACAAAAUAUCAAACAAAAAAGAUAAGUUAUCGGAAAAACAAGAAUUUAUAAUAGCAGCAAAAGAGUUUAAUGAAAAAUUAGCCAACAAAAUGAAUGCAAAUACACAGGAAUCGCAAACAGAAGUAAAUAAUGAUCAGACGCAAAUGAACAACCCUCCACCUGAGAUUCAGACAACUGUAUCCAACCUGACAGAUGAAAUUAAAUCUCAAGACAAUGAAAACACAAUAAUAAAGAGCAAAAGUGCGAGUUUCACGAAUUCGAGUAUGCGCCCAUAUGAUGCCUAUGUUUUAAAUUUUAACAAUAUCAGCAACUUGAACAGUUUCAACACUCUAAGUAGUUAUAACAAUAUGAACAAUCCUAGCAAUUUUAGUAAUGCUAACAGUCAUAGUAAUGUUAACAGUCUGAGUAAUGUGAACAACCUUAGCAUUGCUAACGAUCCGAAUCAUUUUAAUCACGUUAACCAUUUCAGCAAUAUGAGCAAUUUCAACCAUAUGAACAAGUAUCGCCCAAUUUUAACCCAAUUUCCAAAUACGAUAAAUCAAAUAUAUGUUCCACCCGAUUUAUAUGUGCGAAAAAAUGUCGGAACGCAACCUUUAUAUAACAAGUAUCCACAUAAUCGGAAGUACCAGAAGGAGUUACACCCAUUUACAGUCCGAGGGAACGGACCUAAGAAACAAUUCGAUACACUUAUGAACAAUACAUUAAAAAAUUCCAAAAGAGAGGAUUCUGUAAAGAGUCCCAUUCAAUUUAGAAACACUAAACAACAUAACUACAAAAAUGAUUUUAGAGGAACAUCACCACAUGCACCUGUUCAUAUAUAUAAAGAAGCAAAUUACUUUCCAAGUAAUACACCAGUACAACCAAAUAUGUCAAGUAUAUUAGUAAAUGUCCCAGUAGUACCAGUUGUGCAACCAACAACGAGUGGCCCAUUUAUAGAACAUCAUCCUCAUUAUUAUAAUCCUUAUUUUAGAAGCCAUUAUCCAAAUAGCUCAAUUUCGGCAAAUUCAAAUGGUUCAUUUAUUUAUAAUAUACCCAUAACAAACAUUGACAGAAAUUAUUCAUCAAAUAAAAAUAUGGAUUUAUAUCCCUUGGGAAAUCCUCAUGUACCAAAUUUACAUGUUCCCAAUUCCCAUGAACAAUUUACACAUGUGCAAAAUGCCCCUAUAAAUUUUCCUGUAACACCAUAUAUAGCAACACCAAGCAUGAAUUAUGCAGUAACCACCCCACCCACGUCUCUGAAUAUAGCAAAUAAUGCAAAUCUUCCAAAUCCAAAUAUAAAUGUCUCAUCCUAUCCACCAGAAUUUGUUAUUGUGAAUCCUCAUAAAUACCCCAAUUCACAGACAGUGCCUGUGCCCGUUUUUCCACAAUACCAAUAUCAGAACUAUUAUCCAUCAUCAACUCAUGGUAUGAAGAAUUCAUAA